AUGAAUGAACUAAAGGAGCUGAGCAGGAAGGUGAGAGAAAACACCAGCGUCAAAAAAGAGGAAAAGAAAAAUGAACCGGAAAUAAAAAACCUAUUUGAGAACUUCCUGAGCAACAACUCGAUAAAUUACCUAAGCUCUUUUAUAAACAAAACGAAUGGGAUUGAUAAACCUGGGGAGAAGGAAGGAGGGGAAAGAACUCCCCAGGGGGGGGACCAUUUGGAAAACGCGCGUCAAAGUGGGGAGAGGCAGGUGCGUGGGGAGCAGCACUUGGGUGGAGAGAAGGAGUUAUAUGGUGAACCCACUGCUGAGCAGGGAACCUAUCAACAGGACGAUGCCCCACCUGGUAAGAAGCACCUUACCGAGAAAAAGAAAAAAUACAGAGAUGAUUCGGAAGGACACACGGGGGAAAGCAAAAAUGUAAGCCACAUAAAUGUGAAGAAGAUUCUACAGAACAAGAAGAACGUCGAUUUUAAAGACCUGAACAAACUAAUUAACUUUUUUGAUGAUGAAAUAAUGGAGAGAAGCAGAAAGCUGGAAAGGUUUAUGAACCAGAAUAAAAUAAAAAAUGAUUAUAGUGAGCAAAUUUUAAUGAUAGAAAAAUUUAACAGAGAAAUGCGAAUUAUUGAAAAGGACCUUUCCCAGAAGGAGGACCCCCUGUACCAGCUCUAUUUGAUGAAAAAGGAAAAAAAAAAAAGCUACGACUCCUUAGUCUUUUUUAAAAACUUCUUUAACUGUUUAGAAAGUUACCUUCACCUUUCAGACAAAGCGGAAGCAAAUUAUAAAAAAUUAAAAAUAUGGAAGGUGUUACUUUACCUGCGUAAUUGUAAGACGCACAUUUUGUUAAUAAGAGCCAUUUUUAAGUCUGCAAAAGGGGGAAAUGUGGAUGGUGAAUCUGCGAAGGUGAAGCGGGCAAAGCUCAACAUGGAAGAGGGCACCGCCGCGGAUGGCCCUCCCCAGUUCGAUGACGCCACAGUAAUGGAAAAAUCAAAUGAAGCAGAAAAGUUUGAAGAUAUGUUGGGGCAUAAGACAAACUGUGAUGGCGUCCCCACAGAUAAUAACCACCUUGACAAAAAACUGAUGGAAGAUUUGAAAAAUAUGUUCCUAACGGAUUCACCCGAAGAGGCGCAAAAUGGAAAGCCCACCCUUAUGAAGGAAAUGAUAUUGAAGUAUGACCAUCUCGUUAACAAUUUAAGGUGCAUCGUCCGAGUCACCUUCGAGAAAAUGUUUCUCUUCAACGGGAACAUAAAAAUAUAUAAACACGUCUAUCUGAACCCGAGUGACAUAUCUUCACAAAACGAAGAAAGCAUUCAGGGGCAAAAAAUUUCCUACGUCCUGUUUUGGCAUAUGGCUUACAUCCUGAAAAUGCACAGGAAAUACUUGGAGGAAAUAAAAAAGCAUUUAUUUUUUAACCUCUUUAAAUUUAUGAUCCUGUUCUAUUGCCUUGCCAAAAAUGUGAAUUGGAAAAAGGUAAUAAAUAACCUCCAUCAAAUGGAACGUACAUCAGCAUACUCGUUGAAUUAUCGACAUGUGAAGAAAUUUGUCUCCAGUGUUGCACAAAAAAGUGAUGUUGAUUUGUGCACACCUAACAGUUGUAACCAUUUUGGUACGUUUAAAAGUUUCCUCUUUUGUGCGAAUGAUGGGAGAACCUCCACGGGUGAAGAACAGGGCGGAGGCCGAAAUGAUCCCUUCACUGCUCUUUGCUUAAGUGAUUAUAUAAUUGAGCAUGAAGAUAGUGUUUUCAUCGAUAUGGAAAAUUUUUUUGGCAAUUUUUUGGGGUCCUUGGAAGGAGCUCACAAGAUAAAUCAAUCGUGUUCUUUGCAUCCCGGGGGACUUUCCCCUUUUCAGGGCGGGAAAGUUGACCUGGAAGGGGAAGAUGACUUGAAGAGUGACGAAGGGCAGGGAAGCCCAGGAGAUGACAAUAGAGGUGGAACGCUUCAAUUCGGCUUCGGUGUUCCCAUUAAGGCCCAGAAGGGGACAGAGCAGAACAACUUCUUCGCCGCGCUGUCGCGCUGUUUAUUCGAGUUUCACGCUGUGGCGGAGUUGCUAUUUGUAGAGAAUAGAAAGAAAGUCAAGGGCAGGGGUGGACCGCGAAAAGUGGGCCAAACGAGCAAAGCGGCGGAAGCCGAGGAAGCGGAGGAAGCAGACAAAACAGCCGAAACAGACGAAACGGGCAGAACGAACAGAACGGACAAAACGGGUGAACUUUCCCCCCUCGACAUUGCGAUCGAGGAAGGGGCACGCGGGGGCGAACUGAAAGACGCAUUCGACUUCUACUUUGGUGGCGAAAAAGGAGAACAAAAUGGAAGCGAAACGUAUUUUGUGGAAUACGAAUUGGAGGCACAUGAGCAGGGCAGGCUGAACAAUAUGAAGGAGAAAAUAAGGAGCAAGUAUGAACAGAGCAAGUGCCAAGAAAGCAACGGCGAAGACGUGGAGAAAGGCGACGCAAGGGAGCCCCCCAAUGGGUGGGCCUCCUUCUCCCACUACAUGCUGAAAAAAGAAUUGAACGAAAACCUCUUUACCUAUUUUCACCAUAUAAAUAAGAAGAGAAAUAAUUUCAGCCAUAUUUUCGAUGUGUACUUUAUGUACCGAUGGAAGAAGGAAGAAAAAAAAUUCGAUCAGCUGAUUCAGAAGAUUUUUCAGAAAAAUUUUCACCAUUACCUUGAUCAGAUUUAUUCCGUCCUGAGGGAAAUGUUGCUUUUUAAAAAACGGGCCGAAUACAUACUAGUAAAUUCCAGUGUGGAUGAUUAUCUGUACAAUGUCUUCUUUGAUGAGGGGAACAAUUAUACUUUAAAAAAUAUGGAGGGAGUGACUUACCGUUCCGUUGUGCAAUUCGUUGAGGAGGAACAAGGUGCCUUGAGCAAAUCACUACAAGAGAAGGUUGACAAAAUAAUUGCACAGAAGAAUAUGCACACAAGGGGGAUGACCGAUGGGACAACCUACAUGGUAGAGGAAGCUACUUGUGAGGACAUUCCUGGGACAGGAAAAUCCAGGAAAUGGUUACCCCCAUGGGGAGGUAUCAAGGAGACCGUUUUGAGUAAAAAAAGGGGGAAAGAGACCAAGGGGGGGAAAUGCCAAGUGGGACAUGUGGGCAACCAAGAAGAGAAUGAUGAUAAGGGCGUGAAAGACGGUGAGGGAGGCGUAGGGGCGACCCCCACAAACGAAAAAGCCAUCUUAAGAGUCAUCUCCCAGCAGGAUCGCAUAGACUGUAUGAGGAUCCAUAAAAGUUUGCUCUACAUCGUCUUUGUAGUAUACCGGAUUGUGCACUUUUCGUACGAAGUUUUGCACGACAUGAAGGGGGCAGAAUGGAGCCAUCACUCGGCACACAAAAUCGAGGAGGAAAAAGAAGAAAAAAAUGAAGAGAAAAAAAGAAGACAAAUCGUUCCAAUUAAUACAGUCCUAUUUUGCUACAAAAUUGUUAAAUAUAUUUAUGAUGCAUUUUUAAGUUAUUGCUUUUUCGCAUUUCGAUUUUCCUGCUUUCCCAAGGUGCCAUGUGCAAAUGAAUUUCUCUUGAGCAUAAUUAAUGAUAAUAUAUUUUUAAAAAAGGUUUUGCAAAAUAUUCAUUUUGUUUUCUUGCACCAUCAGCAUUUGUUUAAUCUGUCCAUCUGUGAAGAAGACAUCAUUUCUUUUAAAAAUGUGGAAUUGAAAGGUGAUGGUUGCUUAUGGAAAAGGGGAAGCAACAAAUCGGUGGGCGAACAGCACAUAAAGGGUGAUCACAUUACAAAGAGUGAACGGAAGGAUAUGAGGGAUUCUGACGUGAACAGCUCAAAGUUACCGGAAGAGGGAUAUUUUCUCGAAAGGAAUGGAGAAAAGAAAAAAUCGACUUGUCCCCCAAAAGGACCCCUCCAGUGUAUAAACAAAAUGAGCGUACUGAAGAAGAUUCACCUCUACAUUGAUAAGUUCCAGAUAAAUUUGAAUUUUUUUAAAAAUAUGCUUGUCAAAAUUUAUAAGGAGAAAUUUACGCGCCUUCUCCAGAAGGAUACACUUUUCAUGGAGGAGCAAUUUUUAAUCAGCACCUCCAAAAUAGUGAACAUCAUUUUUGAGUUUUUUCAAAUUCAGGACUUGUGCAAAAUUGCGCACAUGGAUAUUACCUUGCGCUUGGUGGAUUAUUUUUUUUUUCUUAUCAACACGCAAGUGUAUGCGUUUACAAAUGAAAAGGGCAGAAUCGAUGAGCAUGAGCGGAAACUCCUCUAUGAGAAGUUCGUCUUCACUCAGAAUAGUCUGUCCUUCGUUUUGCGCAGCUACGGAGACAACUGCGGCGAACAGAAGAAUCAUUCACAGCAGGAGGGAAAUUACUUUCUAAGGAUAACGGACGAGCUUCCCAUCAGUUUGGCCAAUUUGAAGAAGAACAAAGCACUGUUUUUACUCCUUUUCUGCAAAGUCAAACAGAUCCUGAAUGCCAAAAAGGGGAUACUCGAAAUGCAUGACGCGAAAAUGGUCCAGGCGUUGCUAGCCAACAACCCGUAUGCGUAUGGGGACGAGAAUUACGACGCGAUCCUCAACGAGUUUAAGUGA